AUGCCCUUAUGGUGUUUAAGACACUGGGUCCACCUCCAAGGCACCGGUCUCCCUGAGCGCUCCCUGCUCCUCAUCCGGGAAUCUCUGGUCAAGGGUUUGUUUUUUUUGUAAGGGUUUAAACUUUUAGUGUUUAACAUGGCACCAAAGAAGGAAGCUAAGAAAGCUGCACCUGCCGCCGCCGCUGCACCUGCACCUGCACCGGCCCCAGAAGCACCAGCAAAACCCAAAGACCCACCCAUCGAUCUGUCCAGCAUCAAGAUUGAGUUCUCCAGGGAACAACAGGAUGACUUCAAGGAGGCCUUCCUCCUCUUCGACAGGACCGGUGAGUCCAAGAUCACCCUCAGCCAGGUCGGAGACAUCAUCCGUGCUCUGGGACAGAACCCCACCAAUGCCGAAGUCAAGAAGAUCCUGGGAAACCCCAGCAACGAGGAGAUGAAUGCCAAGAAAAUUGGGUUCGAGGAGUUCCUGCCCAUGUUGCAGGCAGCUGCCAACAACAAGGACCAGGGAGGCUUUGAAGACUUUGUUGAGGGUCUGCGUGUCUUUGACAAGGAGGGCAACGGGACCGUGAUGGGUGCUGAGCUCCGUCACGUGCUGGCCACCCUGGGUGAGAAGAUGAGGGAAGAAGAUGUAGAAGAACUGAUGAAAGGGCAGGAAGACUCCAACGGCUGCAUCAAUUAUGAGGGUAAGGGCCUCCAUUCGAGCAGAAAAUUAUCCUGCUUCAAGUGUCUCGCUGAUGUUUUGUGAACUCUAUUGGGAUAU